AGGAGGAGGAAGAGGAGAAGGAGGAGGAGGAGGAGAAGGAGGAGGGGGAGCAAAGAAGGAGAAAAAAAAAGAGCGAGCAAGAGAGAGAAAGAGAGAGAAACAACACCCAACAACUAGAGAGGGGGGGAAAGAAAGAAAAGAAACCCACCCACCCCCACCCCACCCCCGAAAAAAAAAAUCCGGUGGCGCGCCGCCUGGUUCCCGGGAAGACUCGCCAGCACCAGGGGGUGGGGAAGUGCGAGCUGCGAGCUGCUGGAGAGUGAGCAGCCCUAGCAGGGAUGGACAUGAUGCUGUUGGUGCAGGGUGCUUGUUGCUCGAACCAGUGGCUGGCGGCGGUGCUGCUCAGCCUGUGCUGCCUGCUGCCCUCCUGCCUCCCGGCUGGACAGAGCGUGGACUUCCCCUGGGCGUCCGUGGACAACAUGCUGGUCCGGAAAGGGGACACGGCGGUGCUUAGAUGUUAUUUGGAAGAUGGAGCAUCAAAGGGUGCCUGGCUGAACCGGUCAAGUAUUAUUUUUGCUGGAGGUGAUAAGUGGUCUGUGGACCCUCGAGUUUCAAUUUCAACAUUGAAUAAAAGGGACUACAGCCUCCAGAUACAGAAUGUAGAUGUGACAGAUGAUGGCCCAUACACGUGUUCAGUUCAGACUCAACAUACACCGAGAACAAUGCAGGUGCAUCUAACUGUGCAAGUUCCUCCGAAGAUCUAUGACAUCUCAAAUGAUAUGACCAUCAAUGAAGGAACCAAUGUCACUCUCACUUGUUUGGCCACUGGGAAACCAGAACCUUCCAUUUCCUGGCGGCACAUCUCCCCAUCAGCAAAACCAUUUGAAAAUGGACAAUAUUUGGACAUUUAUGGAAUUACAAGGGAUCAAGCUGGAGAAUAUGAAUGCAGUGCAGAAAAUGAUGUGUCAUUCCCAGACGUGAAGAAAGUAAAAAUUGUUGUAAACUUUGCUCCUACAAUUCAGGAAAUUAAGUCUGGCACAGUGGCCCCUGGACGCAGUGGAUUGAUAAGAUGUGAAGGAGCAGGUGUGCCGCCUCCAGUCUUUGAAUGGUACAAAGGAGAGAAGAAGCUCUUCAAUGGCCAGCAAGGAAUUGUUAUUCAAAAUUUUAGCACAAGAUCCAUUCUCACCGUUACCAAUGUGACACAGGAGCACUUCGGCAACUAUACUUGUGUGGCUGCCAACAAGCUAGGCACAACCAAUGCGAGCCUGUCACUCAACCCUCCAAGUACAGCCCAGUAUGGAAUUACCGGGAGCGCUGAAGUUCUUUUCUCCUGCUGGUACCUUGUGUUGACACUGUCCUCUUUCACCAGCAUAUUCUACCUGAAGAAUGCCAUUCUACAAUAAAUUUAAAGACCCAUAAAAGGCUUUUAAGGAUUCUCUGAAAGUGCUGAUGGCUGGAUCCAAUCUGGUACAGUUUGUUAAAAGCAGCGUGGGAUAUAAUCAGCAGUGCUUACAUGGGGAUGAUCGCCUUCUGUAGAAUUGCUCAUUAUGUAAAUACUUUAAUUCUACUCUUUUUUUGAUUAGCUACAUUACCUUGUGAAGCAGUACACAUUGUCCUUUUUUUAAGAUGUGAAAGCUCUGAAAUUACUUUUAGAGGAUAUUAAUUGUGAUUUCAUGUUUGUAAUCUACAACUUUUCAAAAGCAUUCAGUCAUGGUCUGCUAGGUUGCAGGCUGUAGUUUACAAAAACGAAUAUUGCAGUGAAUAUGUGAUUCUUUAAGGCUGCAAUACAAGCAUUCAUUUCCCUGUUUCAAUUCGAGUCAAUCCACAUUUACAAAUAUGCAUUUUUUUCUUUUUUGAUAAAAAAAGCAAAUAAUAUUGCCUUCAGAUCAUUUCUUCAAAAUAUAAUACAUAUCUAGAUUUUUCUGCUCGCAUGAUAUUCAGGUUUCAGGAAUGAGCCUUGUAAUAUAACCGGCUGUGCAGCUCUGCUUCUCUUUCCUGUAAGUUCAGCAUGGGUGUGCCUUCAUAAAAUAAGAUUUCUCUUUUGUCUCCAAGUAAUAAAAAUGUUUUGCCAAAUCCCACGAUUUGAGAGCAAAAAGGAACCACAGUGAUAAAGUUAAACUAUACUUAUCUCUAAAGAACAGAGGAGCUAUUUGAUUGUAAAAUUCUCUCCCCUCAUUACCAGUGAGGUUUGAGAAUUUUUGUCCCAUAAUAACUCAGUUUUGUGAUGAAAAGCAAUUUAAGUACAUAGUACAAGUCAAUUUACCAAUGGAUUCUUUAGUUGUAGUUAAAUGUUAGAUUCACUUUGGGAAAUAAU